AUGGACUUCCAACUCUUUGCCGUGGUGAUGUUGUUCCUGGCCUGUGUGGAGCAGAGCCUGGCCUCCUGCGUGGUCGACAGCUUCACAGUCAAAGAGGACUUUGACCCCAAAAGAUAUUCAGGAAAGUGGUACGCUCUGCAGAAGAAGGAUCCUGAGGGUUUGUUCCUGCAGGACAACAUCUCUGCUGAAUACACUGUUGAUGACGAUGGUGCCAUGAUUGCGUCCUCCAGGGGCAGAGUCACCCUCUUUGGGUUCUGGGUUGUGUGUGCUGACAUGGCUGCUCAGUACUCCGUCCCCGACCCCGGCAGCCCCGGCAAGAUGUUCAUGAACUACCAGGGUCUGGCCAGCUACCUGUCCAGUGGCGGUGACAACUACUGGAUCAUUGACACUGACUAUGACAACUACGCCAUCACCUACGCCUGCCGCACCCUGAAGGAGGACGGAAGCUGCGAGGACGGCUAUGCCCUGGUCUUCUCACGCAACCCCCGUGGCCUCCCCCCUGCCAUCCAGAGAGUCGUCCGCCAAAAACAGGAGGAAAUCUGCAUGGCCGGAGAGUUCCAGCCUGUGCUGCAGUCUGGAGCUUGCUAA